GAUCAAGCGUAAAAGGUAGCGAGCGCUCCACCGCUCGUUGCCGCAUGCAGUACGCAGAUUCUUAAGUUCACGUAGUCCUCUCGCACUGCUGGCAUAUUCUUUCAAAUCUUUAAUCUUCUCUCUGUCUCUCCUUCCAUUCUCUCUUCAUCCCCUCACUCUACUCCUCCUCCUCUUCCUAUUCAUCUAUAUACCCCAUUUCUCCCCUGGGUUCCACAUACAAGUUUCUAUCAUUCUGGCAUCGUAACAUUCUUUCUCAUCAUGGCGCCUCCCACAUAUGCCGGCUUUACGGGCCGGCGACUCGGCCUCGCGAUAUCAACAAUUGCGACUAUGGGCUUCUUGCUCUUUGGUUAUGACCAGGGUGUCAUGUCAGGUAUUAUUUCUGAUCCGGCUUUCAACGACAUGUUCACUGCCACCAAGGGUGACUCGGUCAUGCAAGCAACGGUUACUGCAGUCUAUGAAGUCGGCUGUCUCUUUGGUGCCAUCUUCGCCUUGAUUUGUGGUGAAAAGUUGGGGCGGCGUCUCAUGGUCAUCUGGGGUGCAACCGUGAUGAUCAUCGGUGUGAUCAUCCAAGUCACUGCCAUGCCCAAUUCGAUCCCACUGCUGCAGUUCAUCUUCGGCCGUGUGAUCACUGGUAUCGGCAAUGGUAUGAACACGUCGACUAUUCCAACGUAUCAAGCCGAGUGCUCCAAGACUAGCAACCGUGGUCUUCUUAUCUGUAUUGAGGGAGGCAUAAUCGCCAUUGGAACCAUGAUCGCUUACUGGAUUGACUACGGAGCCCACUAUGGUCCCCAGGACCUGGUCUGGCGCUUUCCCAUUGCCUUCCAAAUCUUUUUUGGACUCAUCAUCAUUUUCGGCAUGUGGAAACUCCCCGAGUCUCCUCGUUACUUGAUCGCCCACGGCAAGGUCGAGGAAGGUACUCGGGUCCUUGCUGCCCUCGCAGGCGAGGAAAUCGACCACCCCCACGUCCAGCUGGAGAAGAAUCUCACCCUGGACUCUGUCCGAGCGUCCGGAAACUCCCAUGCUAAGUUCAGCGACUUGCUUACCGGUGGUCCCUCUCAGCACUUCCGCCGCAUGCUGGUCGGUUCGUCAUCGCAGUUCUUUCAGCAGAUUUCUGGCUGCAACGCGGUCAUCUACUACUUGCCCGUGUUAUUGGAGGAUUCUAUCCACCAGUCUCACAACUUCGCGCUUCUGAUUGGCGGUAUCAACAUGAUCUGUUACGCAAUCUUCGCCACAUUCUCGUGGUUCUUUAUCGAAAAGAUCGGUCGUCGCAAGCUGUUCCUCGCCGGCAGCUAUGGUCAAUGCGCUGCGAUGAUCAUCGUCUUUGCCUGUUUGAUUCCGGGCGAUGCGGAGAGUGCUAAGGGAGCUAUUUUUGGAUUCUUCCUGUACAUGUGCUUCUUCGGUGCUACAUGGUUGCCUCUUCCGUGGCUCUAUCCUGCCGAAAUCUCUCCUCUUAGAACCCGGUCCAAAGCCAAUGCGGUGUCGACCUGCAGUAACUGGCUUUUCAACUUUACCGUGGUUAUGAUUACGCCUGUGAUGGUCAGCAGUAUCGGUUGGGGAACUUAUCUUUUCUUCGCCGCCUGGAACGCCCUCUUCAUCCCUGUCAUUUGGUUCUUCUACCCCGAGACCGCCAACCGCAGUCUGGAAGAGAUCGAUUUGAUUUUCGCCAAGGGCUAUGUCGAGAAGAUAAGCUACGUCCGUGCGGCCAAGGAGCUGCCCAAGCUCACUGAUGAUGAGAUCGAAGCCAAGGCGGCCGAAUAUGGCAUCCUCGGUGACGAGGAGAAGGCUGAGGAGCGGAUUGCCGAGAAGAACCCUCCCCUGUCUGAAGAGUUUUCCCAGUUCCAGCCCACUCAGCUGUAAGGGGGAUUGCAACAGCGCAUGAGAGUUUAC